AUUCCGCGUGGUGGCGCUAAAGUCGUUAAACAAAAACCGUUACGAUUGCCCAUUUUGUUUUAUACAGUUUCGAACUGUUAACAGCUGCGGUGUAGUUUCGGUGUUCGUGCAAUUUAGUUUGUAAUUUUCAAUGGUUCUUCUUUGAUAAAAGGAUUUUCGGUUAGGUUGCCACAUUUUUUUGACCCGCUUCAAAAUGAAUAAUUUGCAUAACAUGAAUAACAUCCAUGUUAUCCAGACGAAAGUGGAUCAUAUUCCCGCGAUUCCGGGCGAAGUAACCGGAUUAGUUCACUCCGGAAAGCUCUACUACAUCAUCGUAGGCAAAGCUUUGCACAUAUUUGGGAAUAAAUGCCCGAUUAAUGUUCCAUUAAGCCCACAUCCCCUCUUAGAUACAAUUGCGUACUAUCCUAACGUCCUGGAUAAGAAGAUAUUUGUUUCUGAUGGCUACAAUUUUUAUUUCGAGAAGAUCGGCCAAAAAGAGUGUCUUCGUAUUCAAUGCCCGAAACGAAUCGUUGCAUGUGCCUACUCUCCGCUGCUCGAUAAAUUGGUAUAUUUAGACGACGAGAAUGGUGUUAGUCUUUGCGAUAUCUACCCCGAGUUGGGAACUGUGGUUGAAGAAGCUAAAUGGUCACUUUCUGAUGUUCCUCCAGCACAAAUUAAUGUUCAUUGGGGAGCAAGGUCGACUCAAUUCGCUGGAUUUGAUAAUACUACACAUGUUGAUCUUGUUCGAAAAGCUAUUGGAACACCCUGCACAGAUGAGAUACCUCAAAUAUUAUGGCGACCGGAUGGAAAAUGUUUUUUAAUAAGUUAUAAAUCAGAUACGAUUCGUUGUUUCAAAAUUUUUUGCGUAGCUCGUGGGGUUAUAGCAAACAGCGAAUACAUCCCCGGUUUAUUAUCGCCGAUUUCGUGGCAACCUGUAGAUUAUAUGAUUGCGACCGCUUGCUGUAGCGAUAAUAACUGGAAGAUAAUGAUUUAUGAGCCAAACGGCUGCGCAAAACUAGUACAUUUGAUGGUUAAUAACCUGAAAAUCGCCCAAUUAAAAUGGAGUAAAGAUGGUAAGAUUUUGGCGGUUUUGGAAGAAAAUGGGGCUUCGUCGAAUGUUCUUUUGUUCACGAUUACGGGCUAUUGUUUCGAGUUGAAACAAAGUUUGCAAUUUGCAACGGAAGUCCGUUAUAUCGACUGGUUGGAAUCGACGGGUAGUGUCCAACAUUUAGUUGUUGUUUUAAAAGAGGGAAUUAUUCAUUAUUAUUUGCGUUUGGGGCCAACUUUUAGUUCGAUAACUGUCGAUGAAGGUACUAUGACUGCAGUCAUAAAUGGGAGGGAAUUACUGCUUGUGGAUACUUUAAAAAAUAUUACAAUGAAACCGGAAGGCGAGAAUAUCGACGCCAUAAAAUUCGCGUUCCCCGACACCAUGUCACAAGUAGUGUUUAACACAACCCUGCCUAUGUUUUUAUGUAUUGAUAGCAGCAAUAAGGUCCGAAUUUACACUUACAGAAGUAACAAUAUCUCCGUUAUUUCCGAUCACAUUGGAUUUAUGUUACCAAUUUUAAACGCAUAUCCUUUGCAAAUUCAUCACGUCGCAUUUUGUGAUCAGUAUUUUAUUAUGUACAUACUUGAUAAUGAUAGACCUAAAGAGCUUAUUUUUGAUCUGUCGAAUAAGAUGUGCACUAAAUCGACUCCGUGGAGAGCUGAUAUUACAGGAGUAAAAUUGAUUAAAACGUUUAAUAGGGAAAUUAAAAAAUAUACUUUUUAUAGUAAUGGGGAUUUAUAUUUAGAUCUUGAUUUGGUGCGAAACUACACACAUUUAAUAAUCAAAAUGGAGAGCUUUUGUUAUCAAAAUAAAGAUUAUUUGCUCGUCCUUGAUAACGCCAAUCGAUUGUUCUGCGAUGAUAUCUUAGUAGCGGAUAAUGUAACAUCAUUUCUUACGUUUUAUGCAUAUAUUUUGCUUACGAGGAGUAAUAAUAUGUUAUACAGUUGCCGUCACAACAUUUUUUUGGAUUGUAUUCGUAAGAAUAAACCUUGGGAAAUAUUCGAUUUCAGAAGUAUUCCCGUUGGAGGAGUCUUAGUAGCGCCAAUUCCCUACAAAUUAAGUAUUUUAAUUCAAGACACUGUUGGAGUUUUAGAAAUAAUUUCAACCGGAUUAUUAGACGUUGACUACGUCAACACCUUAUUAGACAGAGGAUUAUGGAACAAAGUACACACUGAAAUUAAGUUACGCCAUUUAAACCUAAAUGUAUUGGCUGAUACAAACAUGACAAGGUUUACCACAAAUAUUGAGGCAUUCAUCCAUUCCACCCAAAAGCAAUAUUUGCAAGAUUUUGUAUUAAAACUCAGCAGCGGUAAUGUACUUGAAACGAUGAAUUGCAAACAUCAAUUCGUUAACAUCACCUCUAACGUAAAUAAAAUAAGCGAUAUAUGCUCGCUUAUCGUUAAUUCUUUGAAAGAAAAGGAUUUAGAAACAUAUUUUGGGACAACUUUGUUAGCUAUGAUAAAAUGGAAAGGACUUUCGGGGGGUGUUGCUUACGCGCAACGAGUUUAUUCGCUAGGUAGUUCGGAGUUAAAUAAAAUAGUUGAAGGGGGGUUAAAAUUAAUUUGUUCAUUGUUUAAUGCAGACGACGUUUUAAUUCAAUGUCUCAAAACGUACGAUUUAGAUUUUGCUUUAUUCUCUCAUUUCAUACAUAAUCGCGAUCCUGCCGCCACAACGACUUUAAUCGAUGCUUUUUACGAUUCCCAAAAUGACAGCGAAUUAAGAUACAAAGUUAACCACCAAGUUGGAGACUACAAAGAAGCGGUUAAAUAUUUAGUGUUACAUUUAUUAGAUACCGUCAAAGAAAAUCCGCACCAAAUCUCUUACGAUGAUGUUAUCGAUUAUGCAUUGAAAUACAAUGAAUUAGAAGUUCUUUAUGAUUUUUUGAAGAAACAUGCGGUUAGUAUUCCACGGUUAUGCUUCGAGUUAGCUUUAGUUAACGAAGAGCUUAAUCGAAAACAACGCGCGGCCGAACUUUACUUUGAAGCCGGUGAUUUAGAAGCUGCAUACACAGCUUACACUUGUAUGUUUAAUUGGAUCGAAGCGAUUAAAGUUCUCGACGCGAUGAAUCUUGAUGAAAAAACGCAUAAAAAUCGUUUAUCGAAUUUCGCUGAUCAUUUAAGCGCCGCAGGAUAUUAUAGCGGUGCUAAAUAUAUACAUUUAAUGCAAAAGAAUUACCACGAGGCGAUUGUAGCAGCGAUUGCCGAACACGCGUACAUAGAAGCUCAAGAUUUGAUCGAAGAAUAUGAUCCCGAGAUGAUAUGGGUUUUAAGAACGGAAGCUCUCAACUACAUUUCAAAAUUGGAAGAUUUGUUAGAAAAUACUACAGAUGACUUGGAAUGUUACCUCUACAGAAUCGUCGAGAUUCGUAAUCGUCGCCGUAUUGGCACUUAUUCGAAUGUGGGAAACUCACUUCCACAAUCUUUAAAAUCAAACGGUGGCGAUGAUAAUGAAUCUCGUGAUGGCGCCGAAAGUGUUCGCACUACUUUCUCUUCGGUUGUAAGUCGUAGUUCCACUUCCAGCAGAAAAAGCAAAAAAGAAACAAAGAAGUAUAUCGAUAUGCGUCAUGGUGGGCUCUACGAAGAUAUCGCGAUCAUGCGAACCAUUCAUUUGAAAAUAAAACAAAUUGAUAAUAUGGAUAAUGAUUUAAACAAUAUUGUUGCUGUAAUUGGCGGCACAUCAGACGAAGGUGUAAGCAACAUUUUACUUAGAAAUUAUAACAAGUUGUUUAAUUUUAUUCAAGAAAUUAUUCCCAAAGUUUGGAUUAACAACUUGAACAAUAUGGAUGUAGUCAACGAAGAGUUAUUAGCGGCUAGAACCAACAUUAUUUUCCUUGAGUAUCAAUAUCGGUUGGCUCCAGAGAUUACUCGAUUUGUAAGAGGCGACGAAGAAUAGAUUUUAAUAGUUUUUUUUUUACUAGUGUUUUCGAGUUUUAUGUUUUAAUGUUAUUCUAGCGGCUGUGAGAGUUUAUGUUUAGUUUUUGUUUAUUUUGACGUUAAUAAAA